CACGGGUACGCUAUGCUUUAUUUCUAAGCGAAUCUCGCACAAAUCUCGAGGCAUAUUUUGUACAAGGGGACAUUGGCCGCGCGCAUCGCAAUCCCAUCUCAGCGACAGAAGCGGUCACGUGCCUUGGCGCGCUUCCGCACCGCCCCCUCCCGCGCCCGCGCCCGCGCCCGCGCACACGCGCCCGCGCGGCUCCAAUCCCUUCAACCUUCCGCGCUUCCGCCUUCAUCCUAGCAACGCCCGCAGUGACGCACAGGCCCCGCCCCCUCCCGCGCGCCUCCCGGAAGUUGCCCGUCCAGAGCUGUGAGGUAGCCUCCGCGCGGUCUCUGGCGGAGUCGGGGAAUCGGAUCAAGGCGAGAAGACCCGGCAGGCAGGGAGCUUCGGGGCCGGGGGUUGGGCUGCACAUUUACGUGCGCGAAGAGGAGUGGACCGGGAGCUGGUGACGAUGGCGGGGCCGCAGCCCCUGGCACUGCAACUGGAACAGUUGUUGAACCCGCGACCAAGCGAGGCGGACCCUGAAGCGGACCCCGAGGAAGCCACUGCUGCCAGGGUGAUUGACAGGUUUGAUGAAGGGGAAGAUGGGGAAGGUGAUUUCCUAGCAGUGGGUAGCAUUAGAAAACUGGCAUCAGCCUCCCUCUUGGACACAGACAAAAGGUAUUGCGGCAAAACCACCUCUAGAAAAGCGUGGAAUGAAGACCAUUGGGAGCAGACUCUGCCAGGAUCGUCUGACGAGGAAAUAUCUGAUGACGAAGGGUCUGGAGAUGAAGAUUCAGAGGGACUGGGUCUGGAGGAAUCUGAUGAGGAUGACCUGGGUGCUGCUGAGGAACAGGAGUGUGGUGAUCACAGGGAGAGCAAGAAGAGCAGAAGCCACUCUGCAAAAGCACCGGGCUUCAGUGUCCAGAGCAUCAGUGACUUUGAGAAAUUUACCGAGGGAAUGGAUGACCUUGGGAGCAGUGAGGAGGAGGAAGACGAAGAGAGUGGCAUGGAAGAAGGGGAUGAUGCGGAAGACUCCCAAGGCGAGAGUGAGGAAGACAGGGCUGGAGAUAGGAACAGUGUGGAUGAUGGUGUGGUGAUGACCUUCUCUAGUGUCAAAGUUUCUGAGGAAGUGGAGAAAGGAAGAGCCGUGAAGAACCAGAUAGCACUGUGGGACCAGCUCUUGGAAGGAAGGAUCAAACUACAAAAAGCUCUGUUGACCACCAACCAACUUCCUCAACCAGAUGUUUUCCCAUUGUUCAAGGACAAAGGUGGCCCAGAAUUUUCCAGCGCCCUAAAAAAUAGUCACAAGGCACUGAAAGCAUUGUUGAGGUCAUUGGUAGGUCUUCAGGAAGAGUUGCUUUUCCAGUACCCAGACACUAGAUAUCUAGUAGAUGGGACAAAGCCCAAUGCAGGAAGUGAGGAGAUUUCUAGUGAAGAUGAUGAGCUGGUAGAAGAGAAGAAGCAGCAACGAAGAAGGGUCCCUGCAAAGAGGAAGCUGGAGAUGGAGGACUAUCCCAGCUUCAUGGCAAAGCGCUUUGCUGACUUUACAGUCUACAGGAACCGCACACUUCAGAAAUGGCACGAUAAAACCAAACUGGCUUCUGGAAAACUGGGGAAGGGUUUUGGUGCCUUUGAACGCUCAAUCUUGACUCAGAUCGACCAUAUUCUGAUGGACAAAGAGAGAUUACUUCGAAGGACACAGACCAAGCGCUCUGUCUAUCGAGUUCUUGGCAAACCUGAGCCAGCAGCUCAGCCUGUCCCAGAGAGUUUGCCAGGGGAACCGGAGAUCCUUCCUCAAGCCCCUGCUAAUGCUCAUCUGAAGGUCUUGGAUGAAGAAAUCUUUGAUGAUGAUGACUUUUACCACCAACUCCUUCGAGAACUCAUAGAACGGAAGACCAGCUCCUUGGAUCCCAACGAUCAGGUGGCCAUGGGAAGGCAGUGGCUUGCAAUCCAGAAGUUACGAAGCAAAAUCCACAAAAAAGUAGAUAGGAAAGCCAGCAAAGGCAGGAAACUUCGGUUUCAUGUCCUUAGCAAGCUACUGAGUUUCAUGGCACCUAUUGACCAUACUACAAUGAAUGAUGAUGCCAGGACAGAACUGUACCGCUCUCUUUUUGGCCAGCUCCACCCUCCCAACGAAGGCCACGGGGAUUGACAUCGCCCACCUCCGACACCCAGUGGGCGCCUUGGCUGGUGCGGCUGCUGGUCCAGAUGGAGGAAACCAGUGACUUUAUGGGGCUGAGCUAGUAGGGAAGCCCCUGGGAAGGUGCUGCGUUCCGAACCUGUGCCUAAUACAUGCAAGGGCGCUGCCCCGCCCAACACUGCCUUUAAACGCCACAAAUAAAGAGCAUUGUUACCGCCA